AUGCUGAAGAGUAUAGAGCUGAGCAUCAUUCCUGAGAGGCGGGCUGGUACUCAAGCCGUGGGAAAAAUUGACGAAGUGGAUGCACUCAGUGAUAUUGAUCGGUAUGGGAGAUGCGAUGAUACUAUGGCGUACCAGAAGGUGGUGGCUGAGGACAACGGCUGUGUGCUGAAGCAUACUGCGGCUAAGUCGAUCUGGCCAGUGAGUACUCGAGAUUAUAUGAUUAUGUUCGCUGUUGUGCCCCUAGCUGAUGAUGGGACUACAGCGAUGCUUUCGAGAAGUGCUAGAGUGGGGGAAGUCCCCGAGUGGUUAGGAGGCGAUAGUGUUGUGCUGAAGGAGACCCCUAGCUCUAUACGAGGCCUGCUAGGCUAG